CAUGCACACAGCCGCGUUAUUUUUUUAACAUAGCUUCAACAUGCCUGGAAAAUUCCGGCUUCCGCGGCAGAAGUCUCUGAUCGCGCCGAUGAUCAGAAACCCAUUCAUCCACGACCUUCGUCUUUCUACAUUGGACAAGAUCCAGAUUGCAGUUGGAAGUGUGACAAUAGCACCAAUACGCUUCCUGUUCCUGUUACUACUACUGCUCCUGUCAUGGCUGAUAGCGACCAUUGCCACCAUGGGCAUGGACACGUCCAAACCAAUGACUGGCUGGAGAAAGUUUUGCAAGAGGAUACUUGUUAUAAUGGGGCGUACAAUGUAUUUCUUCAUGGGAUUUCACAACAUUGAAAUACGCGGGAAACCUGCCCCGUCAUCGGAGGCCCCCCUCAUGACCUGUGCACCACAUUCCACCUACUUUGACAUCAUCACUAUUUUUGUUGGAGAGGGAUUGGCCAGUGGUGUGUCUAGGAAGGAGAAUUCUACUAUACCUUUGAUUGGAGCCUUGACAAAGUCCACCCAGCCAGUGUUAGUUGACAGGGAGGAUCCAAACUCCAGAAGAAACACAAUCGAGGAGAUCAAGAAAAGGGCCCAGUCCGCAGGUGCUUGGCCACAGGUCAUCAUCUUCCCAGAAGGCACCUGCACUAACAGGUCAUGUCUUAUCAACUUCAAACAAGGAGCAUUCUUGCCAGGUAUGCCAGUACAGCCAGUUGCCCUCAAGUACCCAAACAAACUGGACACAUUUACAUGGACCUGGCAGGGGCCUGGAGGAUUGAAGAUCCUUUGGUAUACAUUAUGUCAGUUUCACAACAGGCUGGAAGUGGAGUUCCUACCUGUCUAUCAUCCAAGCGAAGAGGAGAAAAACAAUGCCAAGCUAUAUGCAGUCAAUGUUCGAGCUAAAAUUGCGGCUGUGCUGAACCUCCCCACCACUGACCACACGUUUGAUGACUGUAUGCUGAUGGUAGCAGCAGGCAAGAGUGACAUGCCCAUGGAUGCAGGGCUGGUCGAGUUUCAGAAGCUCAGAGAAAAACUGGGCAAGGUACAUUUCCCAGGUUCUCUACAUGAAGCCCCCCAAAGCCUUAAACUGGAGGACAUGCGGCAACUACUGAAGAAGUACAGCAGUAUUGCUGGGAAGGAGGGUGGUGUGAUCGGCAUUGAUGACUUUGCUAAGCACUUGAACCUGCCUGUCACAGAGCCUCUCAAGGAGCUGUUCUCUAUGUAUGAUAGGGACGGUUCUGGCAGGAUUGACUUCAGGGAGUAUGUUAUCGGCCUGUCAGUGGUGUCCCAACCCGCUAACACAGAAGAAACACUACAGAUGGCUUUUAAGAUGUUUGACACAGAAGGCAAUGGUAAAAUCACCGAAGCUAGCUUGGCCGCAAUUCUGCGCAGUGCAUUCAACAUGGAAACAAUGGAUGUUUCCGAUCUCUUCAAAGCAGUUGACACAAAUGGGAACGGGGUCAUUACAUAUGAUGAGUUUGAAGCUUUUUCCAAAGCCCAUCCAGAGUAUGCAGGUCUGUUCAAGACCUACCAGGAUCUGAAACGUGAAGAAGAACUGACACUUGUUGAAGAAGAGAUGGAGAAUCUUGAUGAGGAGGACAGCAGUAAUUUGGAGGUGUUGGGGAGUCCAGAGGAAGGCAAGAAAGAUGCUUGAUAUGUGUCAUAGUCGGUGGCGUAUACUUGGAAAA